UUCAACGCGGCAGUAGUUCUCCUAUCAACAAACGUGGUUCAUCAUUUAUUUUAUCACAUUCAGAAAACAUGAUGGUAGAAAUGUCUAGUCGCCAGAAUUUGUAUCCAACCAUUACUACAUCGAAUGAAGACGUCGACUCAGAGUCGAAGACAUGUGGCAAGAUCCUGGUGGUGCUAUCAUGGAUGCUGGUGAUCCUCACCAUGCCGUUUUCGCUCUUCAUAUGCUUCAAGGUGGUGCAAGAAUAUGAAAGAGCUGUAAUUUUUCGCUUGGGUCGUUUACUGUCUGGAGGUGCCAAGGGACCCGGAAUAUUCUUCAUCCUGCCCUGCAUUGACACGUACGCCCGAGUCGACCUACGCACACGUACCUAUGAUGUUCCACCGCAAGAAGUGCUGACCAAAGAUUCUGUUACUGUUUCCGUGGACGCCGUCGUAUACUACCGCGUCCACAACGCGACUAUCUCUAUCGCCAACGUGGAGAACGCUCACCACUCCACCAGGCUCUUGGCUCAGACGACCUUGAGGAAUACAAUGGGCACUCGACCUCUGCACGAGAUCUUGAGUGAGCGCGAAACGAUCUCUGGCAACAUGCAGCUGUCACUGGAUGAGGCCACCGAGGCUUGGGGGAUCAAAGUGGAGCGUGUUGAGAUCAAAGACGUCCGUCUACCGGUGCAGUUGCAACGUGCCAUGGCCGCCGAAGCCGAGGCUGCUCGCGAGGCUCGUGCCAAGGUCAUCGCCGCCGAGGGAGAACAGAAAGCUUCUCGAGCUCUCCGUGAGGCCUCAGAAGUCAUUGGUGACAGCCCUGCCGCUUUACAGCUACGAUACCUACAGACCCUCAAUACAAUUUCGGCUGAGAAGAACUCGACCAUCGUGUUUCCACUGCCAAUCGACCUCCUCACCUACUUCAUCAAGGCGCGAGAGGAACCCGUGUAAACUGGAUUCCCCAACGUUGGAAUGUAUUUCUACUGACCAAUGCUAUCUAUUUAAUAUUUUAUCUACGUUCUAAGGAUUUUAUAAAUUAAUCAUAUCGAUUAAGUGCACACUGAAUAUGUUAUACCACUAUGAAUAAUAAAUUAUUAUUUUAACGUUGAUUGGUAACUAACAAUAUGGGUUUCGGAAAACCUUGCUAUUUGAAAGAGAUAGUCAAAUUCGUUUUUUUAUUUUUUAUUUAUGCGUUAAAAUCGACUGGCUGGGUUUGAUUUUAACGUAUGCACUUUAUGUAUAAGUACAUCAUAGUUCAAUGGUAAUAUAAACUAUCAACGUUUUGUUUUCACUUAGGUUUAUAUAACUAAUGUUAUUGCUAUUAUUAUGUAUAACUUUGCACAUUAAAUAGAACGGUUAAUAAGAAAGAAAGAAAACAAUUGGGAACAAGGAAUCCCAUAAUAUACAUUGAUACUUAACAUUAUAUAGUAGAUGGACAAAAAAGAAAAACACUGCACAUAAUUUAGCUUAUUUAAAUAUCAACUUAAUAAUAAAGUAGUUAAGACACUAUUAAUAUUAAGAUAUGUGUUAUAAAUAUCAGGCUAACCGUCUUUUAGUAGGUCUUGUAGCCCGUAAACGGGUCUAGGCCCUUAGUACUUUGUAUGUACAUGAAGGUGUUCGUAGGGCAUUCCAUUAAAGGAUGAAACAUGAUGAAAGCCUUUCGCAUGAACGCGGCUACCUUCAUCUGAACCUCACGUAAUAAAGGGCUCUAUAUUAGUGAAGUUCAUGAGGGCAGUAAUUCGAAUAAAAAUAAUUGACAUAUUUAAUGGAAAUAUUUAAUCGUUGUAGUUUAGGCGGGCGAGGCUGCUGAAGCCACUAAUUUUAUCAUGUAGACAUUUCAUUUUAUUCGUAAACAAAAAAAACUAUGACUAUAAAUUUAUUAUGAAGAAGAAAGUACUAAUUUACUAAGUUAGUGUAAGGACUGCCGCGGAGGACGUAUCGCAGUGCUAGUAGGUACUUAGAUAAGCCGUCCUUUGAUGGUUUGUAAGUUUAUCAUUUCCUUUAUGUUAUAAAAGAAACACACUUCGUGUUCACUAACAAUGCACCUAUAGUACAAAUUCGUUGUUUUAAGAUUAUACAUUAAGGAAUAUAUUACAUAAUCUCUUAAAAUGAUACACACAUUGAUGUAUAUGAUAAUGUAAUGAUACAUAUAUUGAAUGAUACACAAUCGAACCGCUACAUCUGAGUUAGAUUCGUAAUUACGUUUAUUGUGAAUUGUUUAUUAAUAUUCUAAAUAUCAAACAUUAAAUCUCAAUGGACUAUAUUUCAUUAUUGGAAGUGUUGUCGAUCGAUGCUUAGAGAACUGUUUGUAAGGCAAUUUGAUGCUUAAUUAAAUCGAACUGCUAAAAGAAAAUUAAACGGAUUAAUGAUAAUAUUUUGAAGUGGCAUAUUAAAUUGAUGAAGAUAGUCCAAAAGCUUGCUACAGUAACAUAUUAUUUCUUUACUAACAGUAACCUCCUUGAUAGUAUCUCAAAAUAAGAUAGAUUUUUGAACGUAUAAAUAAUGUUUGUAAUUUUUAAGAACAACUAUCUUCUUAAUUUCUCUGAUAUUAAUUUCAAUCACUCAAUGUAUCGACGUUGUACUUAAUAUCGUAUGGCUAAAGAUUAACAUAUUUUACCUUAUAAUAAUAUCAUAUUGUUAUGAAUAAAUGUACGUGUAGCAGCAA